AUGGAAUCCACGAAGCUGAUUGGCGCUCUAGAGGAGUACGCACAAGAGGGUCUCUAUGCUAUACCAGCAAAGGCAUCCCUUUGGAAAGACGGCACCAAGAAGGUUUUUGGGACCAUGCCGCAUGCCAACGGAGACUCAGCUAUACGGUCUGGCUCCGAUUGGAGUGCUUCUAGGGCAAGAAUUCUUGAACACAUUGAAACGAGAGGAUACAACUUUCUUGCAAUCAAGACCGGUGCUAUAUCCGAUUGCUUCGUCCUAGAUGUAGACGUGAAGGACAAACAAGAUGAGGAUAUCUUAGCUGGAAUGCCCUACUGGCAAAGCUUGAUCGAGGAGCACGGUGAGCCCGACACUUUGAGAGCAACCACUGCCAGUGGGGGCCUCCAUUACUACUUCUCGUUUAGUAGCACAAUCAAAGAAGGGCUUGAAUCCGGCAAGAAUUUCGUGGGGCUGGAUGUUGACGGUCAGGUCUACGGCAUUGAUGGUCGCGUGGUCAUGGACCGAGACGUAAUCAUCGAGGCUGGCGGCCGACGCAGUGCGGAGUCUGCAUCGUCUCACGUCAUGGCCUUAAAGGGGGCUAGAUUGGCGGAAUCAGACGAAUCAGGCGAGAAAUCCGUUCUUAACGAAUCGACCAUAAAAGAGUUGUCCGGAGGAGGCUCGAUCACGGCACGAGAGCUCCAAGGUAGGCAAGAGACUUUCAUGGUGACCCACAAGGCAAUUCUAAACACGAACUACAAGCCGGUCAUGGAGAACGCAUCAUUCAGUCUUAUUCGCCGCAUGGCCCUUCUUCCGAUGAUGGUCACCUUUAAGUCUGCCGAGAGUCUGAAUCCAAACAAAUCAAGAGAGAAGGCAAAAGACUCCACUCUCGAAGCAUACCUCAAGUCUGAUGAAGGCCGAGAGGACGGGCUAUCAUGGAUUGCAGCAGGAGCGAGCCGCUACUUCGAAAUCAAACGGGCAAAGCCAAGCGCCUUGGUUCUCGAGAAACGGCCAAAGGCUAUGGAAGACGCACUAAAAGCUUACGUGAAUGACGCUGACGUUGCUAAACGUUUCAUUGAAGAAUGCUUGGAGUUCGAAGAGCUGCAUCCCGGACAACGGGCAACCUGGCAUUUGGCGGGGGGUGAGCGCUUGCAAGAGGCGUUUCAGACGUGGAUCAAAGAAGAAGACGUGUCUAGCUCCAUCACCGCAACAGCUCUCAAGAAACGAGUCGUGCUGUAUGCCGAUGGCGGCAACCAUCAAGUUGCGACCGGUCGCUUCACCGACAAGAAGGUCCAAUUAAGGGGGCAAUUCAAAGGCCUCAGUGGUGUGCGGCUAAGGCCUGAAUUCCUCGACAGCAUUUCACUGGUGUGA